UCCUGCACAGCUGCCUCCACUCCCAGCUCCUCCAUGCACAAUGCCUGCUGCAGCAAGUUCUCUAAAGUGACUUUCCAGGGGACCUGCCACCAGCUGGGCUUCACCCCCUGUCACCCUGGAGCUCCUGGAGGUGCAAUGAACCCCUUCCCUUCUGGAUAAACCCAAACUACAGGACAAUGACAACUCCAAGGUCUGUGCACGUUCCUCCAGGGAUUUGUCUCCUGGACGCCUGAAGUAGUUGCUGUUUUUUGUUUCCCCCCCCCACCCCUGGACAAUGCCUUCUGAUCACUAACUGGAAUUUGCCUCCUGGUAUUGCCCACCCCCCUAUACCUGCAGACCACCCCCCUGUACUCCUGCCCGCCAUGGACAACUGGCUCUGAUGGGGACAUUGUGUGGUUGGCAUCUCCUGCCUGCGCUCGUCCUGGGGGUGUGAUCGUGCCAGUUGAUGUCUUUUGCCCCUUUGUCGCUCGCCUCCUUCUCCUUGGCCCGGGUCCCAGCAUGGUCAUGGCGGAUUGUCAGAGGCAUCUACAGAGGGGUCCUGUCCGGGUCGGAUUCUAUGACAUAGAACGCACUUUAGGGAAAGGGAAUUUCGCCGUGGUGAAGCUGGCAAGGCACCGAAUUACCAAAACCGAGGUGGCAAUAAAGAUUAUUGACAAGUCUCAGCUGGAUGCUGUAAACUUGGAAAAAAUCUACAGAGAAGUACAAAUCAUGAAGAUGCUGGAUCAUCCCCACAUUAUCAAGCUUUAUCAGGUUAUGGAAACCAAAAACAUGCUUUAUCUUGUCACAGAAUAUGCCAAAAACGGAGAGAUAUUCGAGCUUGAAAACAGGGAUUUUCUUCUGCUCCUGACCUUAAAUGAUCAGCGCGUCUAUCUUGGAGAUCCCCGACCAUUUCCAAAUCAACUUCUGUUUAUGCAGUUUUAA